GUGAGCAGCCUACCGUAGAAGAAGAAGCAGCCCGAUAAUAAAACGACGCAGAAGAAGAAGACGCGGUUGCGCGGCGCUGCUGCUUGGCUACAGAGCUCCAGCCAUCAUCAUCCUCACCGUCAUCAUGUCGCAGGCGAUAUUUGAGGUGUUAGAAGGCAUGGACAAUCAGACCGUCCUCGCUGUGCAGUCCUUCCUGGAUGGUCAAGCCGGCGUCCCUGAUCACAGCAAUCAGACCGUCUCGGGAUCCGCCAUCCAGCCAAUGGAUGAUGAUGACAUCUUCCUGUGUGGAAAGUGUAAGAAGCAGUUCAACUCGUUGCCGGCGUUCUUGACGCACAAGAGGGAGCAAUGCCAGCAGAACACCCCCUCGCUCGCCACCGUGUCACUGGCGUCCAGCAACACCUACACACCUGUACCCUCAGUCAGCGCCGUGCCACAACCACCGGCCAACAGACAGGUGUCGACGUACAUCACGGUGCCGCCGUCUCCUCUCACACACACCCUGGUGCAGGGGAACGUUCUGGUGAGCGAUGAGGUUCUCAUGUCGGCCAUCUCAGCGUUCACGUCCAUGGACACGCCAGUCACGGCCAUGCAGGCUUCUUCUCAGAGCAAUCUGAGCAUGCCUAGUGCAACUUCAUACCUGCAGCACCACCCACAGGCCUCCCAGCCCCUCCCACUGGCCCAAGCUCCACCCCUUUCUGCCCAGGUUCCCUCCAGUAUCAACAGCUCAGUAGUGCAGGUGUACAGCACGCUGCCCCCGAUGGCUGGAGGAGGAAACGCAGAGGUCCACACACUCGGCCUCCAACCAUUUCAGUCUGUUCAGGGUGGUGGUCAGUGUGUGGACAGUCAGAGUGCAGCAUUCAGCAGCGCUCCUGUCUACAGUUCGGCUAAACCAGCACAGAAGCCGAAGAGCUGCAGCAGCACCGUGGCUCUGAAUGAGCUGAGCGAAUACGACAAGGUCAUCAUCCCCAAAAAGACCCGCAACUCCAAGAAAGGACACGAAGGUCAAACAAAAGCCAAAGGUCAGAAGCUUAAGUGCAGUUUCUGUGACAAAGUGUUCGCUAAAAACUUCGACCUGCAGCAGCACAUCAGAAGUCACACGGGUGAGAAGCCGUUCCAGUGCAUCGUAUGCGGCCGAGCCUUCGCCCAGAAAUCCAACGUGAAGAAGCACAUGCAGACGCACAAGGUGUGGCCGGCCGGAGUGCACAGCACCGUGUCCAGACUCCCCGUCACGGUGAAACCAGUCCCGGAGAACACAGCUCAACAUUCUGACGGACAUGAAGAACACGGUAGCAACCAUUCAGGAGUUCUGGAUCAGAGCGAAGCUGAGCUCCCGUCCGAAGCGAAAGGAUCCAACCACGCCCAAAACAAGCAGCUCAUCCUGAUCGACAGCUCGUACCAGUGCCAGUUCUGCGCCGCAAAAUUCAGCAGCUACUUCCAGCUCAAAUCCCACAUGACCCAACACAAAGACGAGCAGGUGUACAGGUGUGUGGUGAAGGCGUGCUCUCAGACCUUCCAGAAGCUGGAGCUCUUCCUCGAGCACAUCCGUUCUCACCAGGAGCAACUGACGUACCGCUGUCACCUGUGUACCAAAGUGUACCCAUCUCUGUUCGAGCUCGGCCUGCACCAGUACUCACACAGCUUCUGUCCUCAGCAGAACACGCGCAAAGACACCGCCUACUACAGGUGUAAUAAGUGUCAGAGUAAAUACUCCACACAGGAAGCUCUGGAGCAACACAUCCUCACCGCCUCACACAACUUCCCCUGUCCACACUGCCCCAAGGUUUUCCCAUGCGAGCGAUAUUUCCGGAGACACCUGCUCACUCACGGUGCUGUUGGCAGAUUCAAAUGCCAGAUCUGUAAAAAGCUGUUUAAAACGGAGCACUACCUCAAGCUGCACACACAGAUACACUCAGGUGAGAAGCCGUAUAAAUGCUCAGUGUGUGAAGCCACGUUCAACCGCAAGGACAAGGUGAAGAGACACAUGCUGAUCCACGAACCCUUUAAGAAGUACAAGUGUCCUUUCAGGACGCAUGUUGGCUGCACCAAAGAGUUCAACAGACCAGACAAGCUGAAGGCGCACAUCCUGUCUCACUCAGGCAUUAAGCCGUUUAAGUGCCAGUUCUGCCAGAAGAGCUUCAGUCGCCGUGCUCACAUGCUGGAGCACCAGCGCUCUCACACCAACAACUACCGUUUCCGCUGCUCCACCUGCGCCAAGGGCUUCACCCGCCUCAAAUACUACCGCGAGCACCGCUGCCCACUGACCGCAGCCUCCGACACCACCACUGGAACAGCUGGAGGUGGAGAACCUACAGGCGGAGAAGCGGAUUACACAGACGCUCCGGAGGAAGAUGAAGACAAUGAGGAAGAGACGAGUGAAGGCGGAGUUGUGGGAGCUGAAAUGGGAACAGGAGCGGAGAUGAUGAGAGGAACAGAGGAGGAGGAGGAGGAGGAGAGUGAAGGUUUGCAGGGAGGUGGGGGGGCUGAUGAACUGCUGGAGGAAACGGUGUUUGGCUCCACGGCUGAUUGAUGGCUCUGUUGAAGUCGUCUGGUUUAGUAGGAAAUCCGGCAGCACAAAACAAAAAUUGUAUUAAAAUCAAAAUCUCAGUUCGUUUCUCAGCUGGAUUCUGCAGUAUUUCCAUAAAACAGAAUGACAAAUGGUGCUCAAAUGCUCUGCUACGUUAACGUAAGAAUUUAAUAAAUAUUCUUACAUAAUUACAAAGAAUCAUGAUCAUAAUUCUAAGACAAAAAUCCUACAGCUAUAUUUAUAAACCGGCAGAACAAGCGCAUAGAGACAGAGCUGAGAAAGAUGGACACUAACUGCUAACCUGUCUGGUGAUGUGCUUUCACGUUAUAAACUACUAGUUCAGACGUACCUUAAGUCUCUGUGGAGAAAUUCCACACCAUGCUAGUUUUAACUGUGGUUUGGGCCCGGCUUUACACCCUGACUUAGCAACGAACUCAUCCAUGUAUUUUUGUUUUAUAUUAAAACAUCCCGUGUUUAUUUAAUGUUCUCGUUGUAGAGAAAUGUUGAGAUGAAUUGCUGCUGUAACAACAAACAGUGCUAUGUGUGUGUGUGUGUGUGUGUGUGUGUGUGUGUGUGUGUGUGUGUGUGUGUGUGUGUGUGUGUGUGUGUUGAACUUGUGCACUUUACGACUGUAAUCGGUCCAGCCCGAGUUCUGGGCUAACUGAAAAUAAAUUAAACCUUGUGCAUGACGAGAGCAUGUUUCAGUUCCUCUCUCUGGUGUGAUUCCGUCUCAGCAGGAUUUAAUCCAUCAGACAGAUUCUCCUGCGUGCAACACAAAUGCAAGUCUCAUUACUUUUACAAAAUUUUCUGUCAGAAAGCAAAUCAAAUUUGAUUCUAUUUCAGAAGUGCAGCACUGAUUAUAAGAAUUAAACAUUUAAUUAUUCGCUUCAGCUGAUCACGUCACCCGCUGACUAAACGUGAUCAUGUAUUAGCUUGUACUUCAUUUUCUUUAUUUCUGCAUUUUAUUUAAAUGCAAAUACAUUUAACUGUUUGUUUACUUGCCGAUUUACAUUACUUACCGUACUUUUUUGUUUUGUUUUAAUUGCAUUACUUGCAUUCCUUACUUUUUUCGCGUUGCUUUACUUGCUUACCUUACUAACUUUACAUGCGUUACUUUCAUUACGUUUACUUACGUUCCUUUCUUUACUUACUUUAAUUGCAUUACCUUAUACCUUAUACCUCAUACUUUCUUGAUUUGCAUUAGCUAUUUUACGUACUUGCGUUACUUGUUACUUUCAUUACUUUUGCUUGCAUCAGUUUACUUGCAUUACUUUCUUACUUUACUUUCUCUACUUACUUUACUU